AGCAAAACAAAGUUUUCUUAAUGUUCUUCAAGGGGAUCAAGCCUCACCCUUUUGCUUUGAGUAGAACACUGUACAGCAGCAUUUUAUGCUCACAGACUCACUGAGCUCUGGUGUAUUUGAAAAUUCUGUAAAGAAGUUACUUAUCACUCACUUUUCUCUCCCCCCACAGUGCCAAAUAUGAUCAGGAAUCUCACAGUAACCAACAUCACAACAUCAUCUGUGAUUCUGACAUGGCAAGAACCAGUUGGAAAUAGAUCUUUCUUUAAACUUCUUUGGACUGGUGAUAAAACAAUUGGAAAUGCAUCAGAAAUUACUAACACUUCCCAUCACAUCACUAAUCUGACUGCUGGAGUCAAUUACACGUUUUGUGUCACUGCUGUUACUGCAGAUAACUUAGGAGAAAGUGAACCUUUUUGCAUCUCAAAAUAUACUGUGCCAAAUAUGAUCAGGAAUCUCACAGUAACCAACAUCACAACAUCAUCUGUGAUUCUGACAUGGCAAGAACCAGUUGGAAAUAGAUCUUUCUUUAAACUUCUUUGGACUGGUGAUAAAACAAUUGGAAAUGCAUCAGAAAUUACUAACACUUCCCAUCACAUCACUAAUCUGACUGCUGGAGUCAAUUACACGUUUUGUGUCACUGCUGUUACUGCUGAUAACUUAGGAGAAAGUGAACCUUUUUGCAUCUCAAAAUAUACUGUGCCAAAUAUGAUCAGGAAUCUCACAGUAACCAACAUCACAACAUCAUCUGUGAUUCUGACAUGGCAAGAACCAGUUGGAAAUAGAUCUUUCUUUAAACUUCUUUGGACUGGUGAUAAAACAAUUGGAAAUGCAUCAGAAAUUACUAACACUUCCCAUCACAUCACUAAUCUGACUGCUGGAGUCAAUUACACGUUUUGUGUCACUGCUGUUACUGCUGAUAACUUAGGAGAAAGUGAACCUUUUUGCAUCUCAAAAUAUACUGUGCCAAAUAUGAUCAGGAAUCUCACAGUAACCAACAUCACAACAUCAUCUGUGAUUCUGACAUGGCAAGAACCAGUUGGAAAUAGAUCUUUCUUUAAACUUCUUUGGACUGGUGAUAAAACAAUUGGAAAUGCAUCAGAAAUUACUAACACUUCCCAUCACAUCACUAAUCUGACUGCUGGAGUCAAUUACACGUUUUGUGUCACUGCUGUUACUGCUGAUAACUUAGGAGAAAGUGAACCUUUUUGCAUCUCAAAAUAUACUGUGCCAAAUAUGAUCAGGAAUCUCACAGUAACCAACAUCACAACAUCAUCUGUGAUUCUGACAUGGCAAGAACCAGUUGGAAAUAGAUCUUUCUUUAAACUUCUUUGGACUGGUGAUAAAACAAUUGGAAAUGCAUCAGAAAUUACUAACACUUCCCAUCACAUCACUAAUCUGACUGCUGGAGUCAAUUACACGUUUUGUGUCACUGCUGUUACUGCUGAUAACUUAGGAGAAAGUGAACCUUUUUGCAUCUCAAAAUAUACUGUGCCAAAUAUGAUCAGGAAUCUCACAGUAACCAACAUCACAACAUCAUCUGUGAUUCUGACAUGGCAAGAACCAGUUGGAAAUAGAUCUUUCUUUAAACUUCUUUGGACUGGUGAUAAAACAAUUGGAAAUGCAUCAGAAAUUACUAACACUUCCCAUCACAUCACUAAUCUGACUGCUGGAGUCAAUUACACGUUUUGUGUCACUGCUGUUACUGCUGAUAACUUAGGAGAAAGUGAACCUUUUUGCAUCUCAAAAUAUACUGGUAGGUAGAAUUUUUAAAUAUAAUUUUUUUUUUUAUUUUUA